AUGACAGAAUCCUCAAACGAGGGCGUGUCCAACGCCAUCGCUGCUGCGCCAUACAGUCAUAGGCCACCCAGCCCGCCCUACAUCCCAAUUCCUAUGACAUUUCCCAAGGGAUCUGACGCUUCUACCCUGGUUCCUUCCUACGACAACGUAGAUUCAAUGCAUUUGACGAGCGAUGAUCUCAACAUAAUCACUCGAAACGUGAAUCAGACGGCUACCGACAGGUCAGUCGGUUGGAGUUAUGAAGCCCGUCGUCAAGCGCAAUCAAUUCUCGACUUUCUUUAUCUUGGCCCUCUAUCUGUCGCCCGCGACCAGGCUUGGCUCGCCAAAGAAGGGAUCACAAUGAUCAUUGUUUCACGGCAUUCAAGAGUCGCACAAGCCCGAUUGAUGAGCGUUGACAAGGUAGCCCAGUCACUCGGCAUUUUGGUCGAGUACUUGGACGUUGCCGACAACUAUGAACUAAUCAGAGGGUUUCCAGAGGUUGUGAGAAAGAUCAACAGCCAUCUUCUAGAUGUCUACCGUCGUCAGGCGUUGGAAACGCAGGAGGGCCAUAUGAUCAUCGACAACGGCAACUUCAAGGGCGGCAAAGUCCUUGUCGUAUGCGAGACGGGCAAUGAUCGAUCUGCCUUUGUUGCUGCUGCCUAUAUCAUGACAGUGUACGGAAAGGGCAUGGUUUCCAGCGUGCAGUUUGUCUCCGUGCAACGCUUUUCAGCCAACUUUGACGAAGACGGCAAGAGGAUGCUGCAGGCAUACGAGGAUAUCUUAACUGCCCAGAGAAACGUAUCCAGCGCAACGAGACAUGUUCCUCGAGCCGGGCAGUUUGACGCACGCACAAGCGGAAACAAGCGAAAUAUUGAGGCGACGCUUGAUGAAGAUGACAAGCAAGAGGGCGACGGUUACGAGGCAUUUGCCGUAGACCGCGAACGGUAUCAAGAUAGAGCCAAAUUCGUUCCUUUUGUCGACCCCAAUCAAAUAUGA